UUUCUUCUUCCCCUUAUUUCUUACAGUCCGCCCUUAACCCACUCUUUAAUACAAGUCCCUACUCAGAUUUAUCCCCCUUUCUUCCCCUACGAAUUUCCGGCGAAAAUGAUGCCGCAGGAGCUUCAACCCCGCUCCUUCCGCCCUUACAUCUCAUCGUCGAUUAGCGCCCCUUCUUUCACUUCCUUCACCAACGCUUCUUCCGUUCAUUCCUCCGACGAUCCUGACCCUAACCCUACAAACUCCAAAUUCAAAUCCAGUUUCCCUUCCCUUUCCUCUUCUUCUUCUUCUUCUUCCCGAUCCCUCAAGAACUCUCGAUUUUCCCCUUCUUCAUUCGCUCAUAACGCUCGUUUAGCGAUCGCUCUCGUCCCAUGUGCCGCUUUCCUUCUCGACCUCGGUGGAACCCCUGUCGUUGCCACCUUAACGUUAGGUCUUAUGAUCGCUUACAUCGUCGAUUCGCUUAAUUUCAAAUCCGGAGCUUUCUUUGGUGUUUGGUUCUCUUUAAUCGCUGCCCAGAUCGCUUUCUUCUUUAGCGCUUCGCUUUACUACUCGUUGAGUUCGAUUCCUCUUUCGAUCCUCGCGGCUUUUCUUUGUGCGGAAACGAAUUUCCUUAUUGGCGCCUGGGCUUCGCUUCAGUUUAAGUGGAUUCAGAUUGAAAACCCCACUAUUGUUUUGGCUUUGGAACGGCUUCUCUUUGCUUGUGUACCUUUCGCUGCUUCUUCGAUCUUUACUUGGGCGACUGUUUCUGCUGUUGGUAUGAAUAAUGCUUCUUACUAUCUAAUGGCUUUCAAUUGUGUUUUCUAUUGGGUUUUCGCGAUUCCUAGAGUUUCUUCUUUUAAAACCAAGCAAGAAGUGAAGUACCAUGGUGGGGAAGUUCCUGAUGAUAAUUUGAUUCUUGGUCCACUUGAGAGUUGUCUCCAUACUUUGAAUUUAUUGUUUUUUCCUCUGGUUUUCCAUAUCGCUUCACAUUACUCGGUGAUGUUUUCGUCUGCUGCUUCCAUCAGUGAUUUGCUGCUUCUUUUCUUUAUUCCUUUCUUAUUCCAAUUGUAUGCUUCAACAAGAGGAGCAUUGUGGUGGGUCACGAAAAAUCCCCUUCAGUUGCGUAGCAUACAGUUGGUCAAUGGUGCAAUUGCAUUGAUUGUUGUUGUGAUUUGCCUUGAGAUUAGAGUUGUGUUUCGUUCGUUUGGGAGGUACAUUCAGGUGCCGCCACCACUAAAUUAUCUUCUUGUUACCACUACCAUGCUUGGAGGGGCUGCUGGAGCUGGUUUUUAUGCGCUGGGAAUGGUAUCUGAUGCGUUUAGCUCUUUGGCCUUCACUUCUUUGGCUGUUGUUGUCAGUGCUGCUGGAGCAAUUGUGGUUGGAUUUCCAAUACUGUUUAUUCCAUUGCCUUCAGUUGCUGGCUUUUACUUGGCUCGUUUCUUUACAAAGAAGAGCCUUACAUCGUAUUUUGCCUUCGUUGUGCUUGGGAGCUUGAUGGUUAUGUGGUUUGUGAUGCAUAAUUUCUGGGAUUUAAACGUAUGGUUGGCAGGCAUGUCCCUGAAAUCCUUUUGUAAACUUAUUGUUGCGGAUGUUGUUCUAGCCAUUGCUAUUCCUGGUUUAGCACUUCUUCCGUCAAAACUUCAUUUUUUGACUGAAGUUGGUUUGAUCUGCCAUGCAUUGCUACUAUGCCACAUUGAGAAUCGGUUCUUCAGUUACUCAAGCAUAUACUAUUACGGAUUGGAUGAUGAUGUGAUGUAUCCAAGCUACAUGGUCAUCCUGACGACAAUAAUUGGCUUUGCACUUGUGCGGCGACUAUCUGUGGAUCAUCGAAUUGGACCCAAGGCAGUUUGGAUUUUGACUUGUCUUUAUUCCUCAAAGCUCUCUAUGUUGUUUCUUACAUCAAAAUCUGUUGUGUGGGUGUCAGCUAUCCUUUUAUUGGCUAUUUCACCACCAUUGCUUCUUUACAGGGAUAAGUCGAGAACAGCAUCAAAGAUGAAAGCCUGGCAAGGAUAUGCACAUGCUACUGUGGUUGCAUUAUCAGUCUGGUUUUGCCGUGAAACAAUUUUUGAAGCAUUACAAUGGUGGAACGGUAGACCACCAUCUGAUGGUUUACUUCUAGGAUUUUGUAUCCUUUUGACUGGAUUGGCUUGUGUACCCAUUGUUGCUCUGCAUUUCUCUCAUGUCAUGUCUGCAAAGAGAUGCAUUGUGUUGGUGGUGGCAACAGGUCUCCUGUUUAUCCUAAUGCAACCACCAAUUCCAUUAUCAUGGACCUACCGAUCCGAGAUAAUCAGAGCUGCACGCCAAUCUGCUGAUGAUAUUUCCAUAUAUGGCUUUAUGGCAUCGAAACCAACUUGGCCCUCUUGGUUACUUAUAUUGGCAAUUCUUCUCACUUUAGCUGCUGCAACAUCUGUCAUACCCAUUAAGUACAUUGUAGAGUUGAGAGCUUUCUAUGCCAUUGCCAUGGGUAUUGCUCUCGGUGUUUACAUAUCUGCUGAGUUUUUCCUGCAGGCUGCUGUCCUUCAUGCCCUCAUUGUAGUAACCAUGGUUUGUGCAUCUUUUUUUGUGGUCUUCACCCAUUUUCCAUCGGCAUCCAGUACAAAGCUCCUACCAUGGGUGUUUGCUCUCCUUGUGGCUCUAUUUCCCGUGACUUACCUAUUAGAAGGUCAAGUGAGAAUUAAAAGCUUCCUUGCGGAAAACGAAUUUGGUGACACCGGAGAGGAAGACAGGAAGCUUACAACUCUACUGGCUGUUGAGGGGGCCAGGACAUCUCUUCUCGGUCUGUAUGCAGCAAUCUUUAUGCUUAUAGCUUUGGAAAUAAAAUAUGAACUUGCCUCACUUAUACGGGAAAAGUCUUUCGACAAGGGUGCAAUUAGACACAAUCAAUCUGGUCAAAGUAAUUCUGUUGGUUUCCCUCCCCGAAUGAGGUUCAUGCAACAACGCCGCGCCUCUUCCGUCUCAUCCUUCACAAUUAAACGUAUGGCUGCUGAAGGGGCAUGGAUGCCCGCGGUCGGUAAUGUCGCUACCGUAAUGUGCUUUGCUAUAUGCCUGAUUCUAAAUGUUAAUCUCACCGGCGGCUCAAAUCAGGCAAUAUUCUUCUUAGCUCCUAUAUUACUACUUCUCAACCAGGACUCAGAUUUCGUCGCUGGAUUUGGGGACAAACAGAGGUAUUUCCCCGUUGCAGUCACCAUAUCAAUCUAUUUAGUCUUGACCUCAGUAUACAGCAUAUGGGAAGACGUCUGGCACGGAAAUGCCGGGUGGGGCAUCGACAUUGGGGGUCCUGGUUGGUUUUUUGCAGUAAAAAACCUAGCCCUCCUCAUCCUAACAUUCCCAAGCCACAUCUUAUUCAACCGAUUCGUAUGGACUUACUCAAAGACGACAGAUUCAACACCACUCCUAACACUACCACUCAACCUGCCGCCGAUCGUAAUAUCGGAUUUGGUUAAGAUUAGGGUGUUGGGAUUGUUAGGAAUAAUUUAUUCGGUGGCGCAGUACAUAAUAUCUAGACAGCAAUACAUCUCAGGAAUGAAAUAUAUUUAGACAAAAAUAGAUGUCUCUGUUUUUCUUUGUUUUGUUUGUACAAUAUGUUUUUUGGCAAUUUUCAGGUGAGAGGUGUCUUAGAAAUUUGAGGGUGUGUUUGUAAGUUCAAAUUCACUCUCUUUGGGAUUUUUAUUCUAUGCUCUUGAAAUGCCAGAAUCCUUUUGACA